AUGAAAGGCAUCUAUGUGCUCAUUUCGUCUUUAUGGGGGACAAUUGACAUCUAUAUAUCUGUCUCUAAAUAUGUUCACAUCUAUCUAUCUAUCUAUCUAUCUAUCUAUCUAUCUAUCUAUCUAUCUCAGUCUGUUCAUAUUUAUCUACCUAUCGCAUUCUUUUCUCAUCUAUCUAUCUAUCUCUUCCAUUUCCUUAUCUAUCUAUCUAUCUAUCUAUCUAUCCCAGUCUGUUCAUAUUUAUCUACCUAUCGCAUUCUUUUCUCAUCUCUCUAUUUAUCUAUCUCAAUCUGUUUCUAUCUAUCUAUCUAUCUAUCUAUCUAUCUAUCUAUCUAUCUAUCUAUCUAUCUAUCUCAGUCUGUUCAUAUUUAUCUACCUAUCGCAUUCUUUUCUCAUCUAUCUAUCUAUCUAUCUAUCUAUCUAUCUAUCUAUCUAUCUAUCUAUUUCUUCUAUUUCCUUAUCUAUCUAUCUAAUCUAUCUAUCUCAGUCUGUUCAUUUUAUCUAUCUAUCGCAUUCUUUUCUCAUCUCUUUAAUUAUCUAUCUCCAUUUGUUUAUAUCUAUCUAUCUAUCUAUCUAUCUAUCUAUCUAUCGCAUGCUGUUCUUAUUCAUUCAUUCAUUCAUCUAUCUAUUCAUUCAUUAUCUAUCUAUUCAUUAUCUAUCUAUUUCAGUCUGUUCAUAUUUAUCUAUCUAUCGCAUUCUGUUCUCAUCUAUCUAUCUAUCUAUCUAUUCAUCUAUCUAUCUAUCUAUAUGUCGCAUGCUGUUAUCUAUCUAUCUCUGUUCAUAUUUAUCUAUCUAUUGCAUGCUUUUCUUAUCUAUCUAUCUAUCUAUCUAUCUACAGAAUGA